AUGUCAUUGGCGGCUUAUCGAAACCUCUUGCGCGCCGCGCGAAUCGCCUUUCAGGGCGACGUCCACGUCCUCUCCGCUGCCCAAGCCCAAAUUCGACAGGGCUUCCAGGAGAACCGCGCUUUGGACUCCAGCUCUAGCAUCGAAUCUGCUAUUAGACACGCCGAAGACGUGGCCACGAUCCUGCGACAAAACGUCGUCCAGGGCCAAAAGAUGGAGGGCAAAGGCGACGAUCAUACCUACAAGCUGCGAAUUCACGAACACACUGAGCGAGGCGACAACGACAGCAUAUUGACGGCAGGCAAUAAGAGCGGCAGCGGCGGUGGCUGUGGCUGC